AUACGCUGUCCCUACAAGCUACUAGCAAUACCUUUCUUUGGGGGCUACCUAGUUUGUCUGUUACCAAGGUCAUCUUUAUGAUAUAUUAUUAAAUAGAAGGCUAAACUGUUGAAUAAUUUAAAGCAAAAAUGAAACAUAAAAUACGUGUUCCACUUCCCACCAUCUCUGACUGAGCUGGAACUUCCAGUAAGAGAAAAAACACGUGAGCAUCACUUACGUUUAUUUACGGAAGUGCUGUCUUAUCUAACACCCCAGUAGGAUAAUGUGGGAGGCGCACAGAGGGAUCCAUGUUGACCAAUCAGAGCUGCUGUGCAAAGAGGGCUGUGGUUACUAUGGUAACCCAGCAUGGCAGGGGUACUGCUCCAAAUGUUGGCGGAAGAGGAACAGGAGUCAACCUGACCAGAAGAGAGACACUGGACCUUGUCCCAGUGUGGAAGGGGGGAAGCCCCUGACCUUCUCCAAGUUUGAGGAGAAGAAGAGCAGUGAGAUAAGCCGGCGUGUCAACACCAUGAAGAGACUCUUUGGGGGCUCCAGAACUCCCCCCAAGAGAGGGAGCGAACCGUCUGACACCCAGUCAGUCACCUCAUCAGCACCUCAGAAAUCACAACCCGUGGACUUCACUGAAUUUCUGAAGUCCCUGCGUAAACCCUCCACGCAGGUCCUACACCGCCGCUGCACAGCCUUCCUCAGCAACCUGGAGUCACAGCGGUACCUUCCAGUACAGAAGCAGUCAGACCUGGUCCAGGAUUUCUACCAGAGCAUCGCAGGACACUUUCACAGCUUCCCAGAGGAGCAGAGUGCCCCGAUGAUGGAGCACAUCGAGAAGCUGAUCAUGACGCGGCUGUAUAAGUGGGUGUUCUGUCCAGACAGCUCGGACGAUGAGCACAGAGACCUGACUCUGCAGAGGAGGAUACGAGCUCUUCACUGGGUCACCCCACAGAUGCUUCGUGUCCCAGUUGGCGAGGGUCGCUCUGAGGUCAAUGACCACUUCCUCUCGGCCAUCACAGCAAUAAUCGGGAUGGACGCUAAGCGUGCCCCUCAGGAUAAGCUCUCCUGUGUGUUCAAGUGCAGCCAGAGUAUCUUCACUGCCCUGGCCUCCUCCAACCCUGAGCCGGCCAACGCAGACGACUUCCUGUCAGGGCUGAUCCACGUGGUGCUGAAGGCCAACCCUCCCCGUCUGCACUCCAACAUGCAGUACAUCAUCCGCUUCGGUCUGCCGCACAGCCUCAUGGCCGGGGAAUCCGGAUACUACUUCACCAACCUGUGCUGCGCUGUCACCUUCAUUGAGAAGCUGAACGGGCUGUCUCUGAACCUGAGCCCGGAGCAGUUUGAGGGGUACAUGCAGGGCAGGAAGCCGGAGGAGCGGGAGAGCCCGGUGUCGGAGCCAGAGUCGGAGGGUCUGCGGCUGGCUAAGAAGAACCGGGAGCUGCUGGGGGAGAUUGAGAAGCGACAGGAGCGGGUGGCACUGGGGAUGCGAGAGAUGGAGGAGGAGCUGGGAAAGUGGGUGCAGUCUGUGCAUGCUCAGGUGCAGGAGAUCAAGGCAAAGGCUCUUCUGGAUGUUAUCAGCACAAAGAGUUAGCACCCUGAAAGAGAGUAGCUUCAAAUAUCAUUUGAAUUGCUUUCUGUACAUUCCCCUUGCUGUUUGAUGAUUGCAGUCAUUGAGUGUGGUUCUGGGUUCUGCUGCUCUGUUACCUGGCUUUGACUCACUUUCUGUGUUUAUAAAUGUAGAGUAGUUGGGGCUGACAGAGCUCAGUGGUCGCGUCACAUAGUUUGAAUUGAAUUAGUGAGGCUGUUCAGUUACAACAUUUAUGAUUAUCAAGAGAACCUCAAAACCAGCUCAAAGAUCUUAAAUACAUAUUGGAGAAGCAGAACGCAGAGCUGUUCAUAAUGACUGCAAGCACUGUAAAAUAGUAAGGGACGUGUAAAAAAAAAAAAAAAACACACACAAUUGUAUAUGAAGCUACUUGCUCUUUAAGCAUAUUGUUUUAGGGAUGUGGAAAAAAAUAAUAAUGUCCUCUAAAUGUCUGUUGAUAAUUAUGGCUCAUAACCAAAUCCAGUUUCGCCUUUCAUGUGGGUCAUUGUGCAGCUAACAUUCCUAGGACCUUAAAUUGGAGGACACAUUUGUUUUUUGUUUCACAUCCCUAAUUUAUUCUGAAUGAAGGAUGUAUUUGUCAUCCAAAAUGACAAAUAUAUCCUACAGACAAACUGCUCAAUUGAGACAUUGUCCAAUUACUCAGCAGCAAUCGCUAGCUGUGAAAUACAAGACAUAUCAAGCAACAGUCUAUUUACCGUAAGCCUUUCUACCGCAUUUGUAAAUGUAGAACAGUCUGACAAAGUAAAAUAUAAAGUAAUAUAAAUCGGCUUGAUUAAUGUAUUGUAGUGUUAUUUUUGCAUAUCGAUUUCCUUGAGAUUUCAUGAGAUGGCAAAUCUACCGUUUAACAAAAAAUAGAUUUAAAUCAUGGUUUUAUGUUUUUUUUUGUUGUUGUUUUUUUAUCUUUCUCUUACCUUUUAGUGUGUUUGCAUUCUUUCUGAAUUCCAAUAUUGAGUUUUUGCCAAGUUUUCCCUAGUUGUCUUUCAACUAAAUGUGUCUUUUGAUUUCAUCAGUCCAGAAAACCAUGCAACAAUGAGACCUCAGCAGCUGAAAUAAACAAAACAAAAAAACCAAUACAAAUUGUAAACAUCAUAAAAAGGUAGGAGAAAGAUUUAAAAAAAAAAAAAAAAAAAAAAAAAAUGUUUUUUUUAUCUGUUUGGCCAAU